UUUUAAGAUAAUUGAUAUUUCUUCUUUGGUCACGCUUCGUGAAAAUGUCCACCUACUACUUUGUUAUUGUGGGUCAUAAUGAUAAUCCCAUAUACGAGAAGGAAUUCAGCACGGUGAACAAGGAACUACGGAAAGAGGACCAUAGGCACCUGAGCCAGUUCAUUGCACAUGCCGCCCUCGAUUUGGUGGACGAGCACAAAUGGAAAACGGCUAAUAUGCAACUGAAAUCCAUUGACAGAUUCAACCAAUGGUUCGUUUCCGCCUUUAUCACCGCCAGCCAAAUUAGAUUUAUUAUCGUUCAUGACAACAAAAAUGACGAGGGCAUCAAGAACUACUUUAACGAGAUGUAUGACACGUACAUCAAGCACUCCAUGAAUGCUUUCUAUCGAAUCAACACACCCAUCAAAUCCCCUAUGUUCGAGAAGAAGUCCGAGAUCUUUGGCCGAAAGUAUUUGUUAUCCUAAAUUUGUUAAAAUCUGUAUCUAAUAAGUAAUAUAAUCUUGGUAUAAUUA